AUGGGCACCCACCUUGUCCACGCCCUGGUGUACUUGCUCCUUGCGACAGUCAGCAGCUCAGCAGCCAACAACACGGCACGAGAAGCCAAAAAAUAUCGACUUGCAAUCGUAACGGGAUCGGGAGACUGGUCAAUACCUGUUCAGAGAGGAUGGUAUGAUGAAUGCCAACGAUUGAAUGACAGCUGCCAGCAUUACAAAGAUCUCCAUUUGGAGACUGAUGACUUCAACUUGACAGAUGUAUAUGAUGAUGAUGACAAACACAUGUGUAUAACUAUUCUAAAGCACCUCAUUAGAGAAGGUGACUUUGAUGCGAUUGCGGCUAAAUGCCCGUACCGUCAGGGUAUGCCACCAAUCUUUGAAGAAGCAAAGGCAAAGGGAAUUCCAAUCGCUGUUUUUUCGGGUCCUCACGAGGGCCUUGGACCCUACAAUACAUAUGUGGGAAGGUCAGAGGAAGAUAUGGGACGAACUGUGGCUAGAUUGUUGAAGAAAUUGCGACCAGAAGGUGGAACAUAUUUGGCAACCUACAACGACGGAACUUCAGCAGCACGAUUCCAUGGCUUCAAGGAAGAAGUUGAAAAAGACAACAAUCGUGAUGAUAGGCCUCAUUGGACAGAGACACCUAUCAACUACACAGUGCUGUUUCCAGGCGAUCAAGCAUCGCCUUUGCCAUACACUGGUCCAUAUCCUGGGUGGGACCCGAAUGGGUACAGAGGCAUCACCCGCUUAGGCUAUGAUGGCAUUCCUUGGUUCAUGGAAAAGUUUGCGGAGGUUAAUCCGACUGCAAUUAUCUUUCUCUAUCAAUUUCCGAUGAGACACCAUAAUUACACAGAUAUCGUCGACAACUAUCGUCAUAAGAAAAUCACCUAUAUUGGAGUUGAUGGGACAGCCGAUAAUUUGCAUUACAUCGCAGAAGAAUACGUUGAUGGCUUGGUGGGAGAACAGACUUAUGAAAUGGGAAGAAUUUGCGCCAAAACGCUUCAUAGGAUCCUGACCGAAGGACCUGACUCCGUUCCUGCCAAGGUGCUGACCAAACUAAUCAGCUACAAUUUGGAGCCAGACGAGCUCCCAGAUUUAGUCGACGAUAAAUCACUGCUGGGUGAUUUAAAGUACAUUGGGCUUGUCUAUUUUGGAAUUGUGGCCGUGGGAGUGGUAGCGUGCAUUAUUUGGAUACUUGUCAACCGAAAGUCGACUGUUGUAAAGGCCUCUCAGCCCUACUUUCUUGUUGUCACUGCCGCGGGAGUCUUAGUUUUGGGAUCGACUCUGAUUCCAUUGUCUUUCGACGAUAAUGGAGAAGAUGUUGCAGAAUCGUAUGCCAAGGGGGUCUGUAUGAGCAUUCCAUGGCUUGGCUUUUCAGGAUUUAGCAUGACAUUUUCCGCAAUGUUUGCGAAGACUUGGAGAGUCAAUCAGUUCUUCAAUGCAAAGAAUGCAAUGGUUCGACGAAUCAGAGUAAGGGAGCGCGAUGUUCUCAUUCCAUUACUCGUUAUCUUCACUUCAAACACGAUUGUGCUGAGCUGCUGGACUAUGAUUGAUCCCUUGAUAUAUGUUCGUACCUAUAGCGAUGGCACCGACCUUUGGAAUCGAGAGAUUGCCUCUAUUGGAAAGUGUAUCUCCAAGAAUGGUUCUUGGCCAUAUUUGAUACCUUUAGCUUUGAUCAACCUAACGGUUAUUGGAAUUGCAUGUUGGCAAGCCUACGAGGCAAGGGAUAUUUGCUCUGAGUUUGCUGAGACCAAGUACAUUGCAAUGACGGUUUUCUCCUUGACCCAAAGUUUUAUUACCGGUCUUCCCAUUGUGGCGGUUACCACCGACGACCCUGAGACGUUCUAUCUUGUUUCGACAUUGCUGGUGUUUGGUGUUUGCCUGGUUGUUUUGAGCUUGAUUUUCAUACCCAAAGUGCAGAUGCAGCGCCACUAUGGAAAGAUGAGCGAAGCAGAUCAAAGGAAGGCCAUGAUAGUGAGUGUAAGAGUUUCUUCCGGCAUGAGCGCUAUGGGACCUGGACUUGGAUCUCUUGCCUUUAGUGCUACUCAAUCCAUUCCAAACGAAGCCGACACUCGAGAACGCCUGGAGGGCGUGUAUGAAGUUCGUGCUGCUGUUUUGCCCAAUGCGUCAACAAAUGAUAGUGACCAACUGGUUGCGAAACGGGUUGAGCUUCAGAUGGUAUCUUCAUAUGCAGAAUGA